AUGUUUCAACAAAUUUAUGAAAUUGCCACUAAAUUCUACAAAAAAAAUAAUAAUACGGUUUUAGAACAAAAUGAUGUUUUAGAAUCAUUUCAAUUUUCAAAUAGUGAAAAAUUAGAAAUCGGAUCAAUGGUUGAUUUGUCAUAUGAAAGUUUUGGUGGACAAGGUGAUGUAGAAGUGUCUUAUUCGGUAAAACAAGGAAGUGGUAAUAUGGAUUUUGAUCCUAUAGCAAUUGUAGAAAGUGAACUUCGAUUAGCAAAUAUGUUAUAA